AUGGAGUUCGCAGGGACAAAACGAAGAUCCAUAAGGAAACUGCAAAACGAACCCAAGGAAUCAUCAAAAGCCCAGAAAGAUGCCAAACCUGAUAAUAUUGCUGCAAACAGUUCACUGUUCUGCCUGGGUUCUCCAUCAACACUCGCGAGGAGCAGCAAAGGGAGCCCGCGAUUUGGUGGUAAUGGAGAUGCUCCCAGGUCUCCUUCUGCUGAAGUUAGUCGUCGUUCUACAUACACAAAUUGGAAGUCCUCCCUCGAAAACGAGUGCCCCAAACCAUCAAUUCCGAUUAACGAGCUGAACAUAAGCUACAGAGAGAGCCUGACAAGAUUCAUGGAAGGCUUAGGACCGACAGCGAUAAGGGUUGCCAACAGGAAACUACAAGCUCUCGAGGCGAACAAUGCCCCAGUAAUCCAGACACCAUCAUUUCAAGUUCCAACAGCCUAUGCCACAUUCCAAAUGCCCUCCAUUUCUUCAGCUGCCCCGGCCUCUGAUCAGACCCUGCCUGAUUCGCUAACCGGAUUUGGCCCUCCCAUGAAUCUGCCCAUCAUUGCAGAAGAGGCCAACAAGCAGAAAAGCUCGAACAAGACUGCCCCGGGAUCAGUUGUGCAGUACAAGAGGAACACCAGAAAAGCGUCUGAAGCAGAGAAGAGAGCUCAAAAUCGAGGUAAAAUUUGUGAAAAGCAGCCCGAAGAUGCAGCAUCCAAGAAGAUGAGCAGCAAUUCUAAGCAGCAGCCUGCAGGGUCAUCAGUGAUAGUGGACACCAGAAAACCAGAUGACAGCAAAUUCCGCCCAAUCGUCUUGGCUCUCGAGCAAUCCUCCCAUGCCAAUCCACCCCCCGAGCUGAAGACGAGGAACAGGAGAAGUACUAAUAGUAAUAAUCCAUCAACAUUCCCCCCGAAAUCUCACAACAAGUCCACCCCCGCCACGCCUUCCUGCAAGGCAGAUAAAGGCGGCAGCAGCAGCAAGGCCGCCCUGCAGCCGCCUCCUGAAACACAGCCAACGCCGCCAAGCCUUCCAUUGCUCUCGGGCUCGGCCUUCAUGUUCAAUAUGCCAUUCCUGAAAGCACAGCUAAACCAGAUGAAUAAUCCAUCUGGAUCUGCUGCUGCUCACACAUGGGACACAACACCCAGAAUUGCUCCCACAGAUUAUCUCAGGUUUGGUAGUGUGAGUUCUAGUGCUCUGAACCUUGCCCCCCACCUAGAUGAACAUCAACAAAUCCCACCACCACCAAGGCCUUGCCUUUACGGUAACAAUACUACUGCUAACAAUGCUCAAUCAUCUUCCUGGCAGUCCUUGGACCCUCCAUUAGACUCUGAUUUGUCCCUUCACCUAUAUAAGUAAAUUGCAUUUUGCAUGCUAUGAAU